AUGGGUAGCCCCUUUUGGUUACCUGAUGAGGCAUUGCUGGCACCGAUGGUGACCAACUUCCCAGGCCGAGAGACCCAGAUCAAAUCGCUGGCGACGCUCAUCCAUCCCGAUGCUGCGCCAUGUCGAAACAUUGUGCUUCACGGCACUGAGGCCACGGGGAAAUCAUGCGUCACCGAAACCACCUUGCUUCAGAUCGCUGAGCAAAUCACUGCCCAGCCGCAGAGCGGAGGCUUCAGCUACGCGGUUGUGAAUGCGUCGCAAUGCAUCACCACGAGACACUUGUUCGAGCGCAUCGUGGCCUCUGUGAUGGAUGCCUUGCAGCUGGGCGGGGGCGUCCACGCCAGCCGCUCGUCCUUGGUUCCCGCAGCUCCAGCUCGCAUACAGAGACGGUGCGAAACGUUGGCGCAACUGUCCAUCACCCUGAGCGCCAUGCUGAAGGAGCCCACGAGGGACCCGCGAUGGAGGUUUGUCCUAGUGUUAGAUGCCAUUGAUAAGCAAAGGGAUGCGCCACUGACUUUACUCCCCGGACUCGCUCGACUAUCAGAAACGAUUCCCCGCCUUACCUCAGUCUUCAUCGUCACCGCUCCGCCUGCGGCUUUUCUCCGCACUCCCGCCUCGGCGUAUAUUCGCUUCCCCCCCUAUACGAAACCUGAAUUCGUCCGCAUCUUGGCCCUUUCACCACCCCCGCCCUUUGCCGGAUUAACGCUGCAAGAAACAGCAGAUCUGUGGACGAAAUUUUGUGGCGCCGUCCACGACGCGUUCGUUCGAUCCGCAUCUCGUACGCUGCCUUCCUUCCGUCGCAGUUGUCGAGCACUCUGGCCGCGGUUCAUAGGCCCCCUUGUGGCGGGAACCCAUUCGGCCAAGGAAUUUUCCAAGCUUUUGGUCGCAGCCCGAGUUCACUUUCAGGAUGAAUCGCUGUUGAACCCCAGCAUCCUGUCCGUCCGGCCUGGCGCUUCGUCUUCGUCGCGGCCAACCGAAAUGCGCAGCAAGACGCCAUCAAACGCCACGGGUGCAUCCCUCAACACCACCACGCCGGCAGCCGCGGAUCUCACGGCUUUGCUACCCAUCGCAGCCCGCUUGCUCCUCUUAGCCGCCUAUCUGGCCUCUCACAAUGCCACCAAGCACGAUCUCACCCUUUUCUCGACAUAUCAUCACGGCCGGAAACGCCGUCGAGGAGGCGGCUUCGUCGCCAGCCGCGGCAACCCCCGCACCAAACACCGCAAGAUUGCGCGCAAGCUCCUGGGCGCCAACGCCUUUGUCAUGGAGCGCAUGAUGGCCAUAUUCCAAGCGGUAAGGGCUGAUUGGGCUCCCGAGGGGAGUGCCGUCGGCGCAUCGGGCUUGGACGGCGAUACCGGCAUGGCCAUAGCGACGCUUGCCAGUUUGCGAUUGCUGGUGCGCGUUGGCGCCGGCGACGUCAUGGACAGAGCUGGCAAGUGGAGAAUCAAUGUCGGCUGGGAAGCCAUUCGAGCCAUCGGACGAAGUAUAGGGGUAGAAGUUGAAGAGUGGUUGAUGGAAUGA